AGCUUUCACCGUGACCGCACAGCGGCACGUUUUGCAACAUGCCCUGGGUCUGCCACAAGGAGUGCCCGCGACGGUGAUGCACGCAAUUGGGCAGCUGGUCCUUUGGACGCUCACAUUGACGGCAUGGGCCACCAGCUUGUCGUUGGACAAGGUGGAGUUCACCCAUGGGUUCACCACCCUGCUGCUGCGUUUCAGCACGGAGGCAGAAAUGGCAGACAAUAGCGGGGACUUCACUUGCGAGUCCAUACUUUCGGCCAGCUCUUUGGCAACGAUGGGUCGCUUGCCCUCCUGCCGCUGGCUGCAGUCUGGGGCCGUAUUGGAGGUUUUACUGGGCGACCAGCCCAGCCUCAGCGUGAACGAUACCGUCGCCACAUUGCCAUCUGUGCUGGUGGCCACCGCCGCGUCGGCAGACCCCCCGGCGCCAGAGCUCUCGGGCCUCGUGGAAGGCGGCUCCGCGACGGCGCCCGAGGCCAUUCUGAUGGCGUGGCCCCCCGUGGCUGCACCCUGCACCACGGUGCACCUCAGCGCCGCCCAGAGCCGCGGCGCCUACGGGCGCCCGCUGACCGCGCAGUGGCGCCUCACGGCGCCGAACACGGCCCCCGCGCUAGAGGCCAUCCUCAACGCGAGCUCCGCGCUGACGGUGGAGCUCCCAGCCACCGCGGUGAGCGACUGGUCGGGCUCCGGGAACGCCAGCGUGGAGGUGGUUGUGACGGUCACCAACUGGCUCGGCCUAUCGCACAGUGCGACUGCACCGCUCUCCGUGAACUCCGCGGCGCAGCCGCCGGUGUACCCGAGCACCGUCACUGAGAAGGCCAUCGCCCUGAGCGGAAGCACCACCUUCAGCGUCGCCACGAGGUAUGCGGACCCAUCAGCCUGCGGAGCGGCCUCCAACUUGCCGUCCGAGACCGCGGCUGUGACCUGGGACUACCGAACUGCGAAUAGCUCGGAGUGGCUGCCUCUGAAUGCUUCCGAGCGAGUGCCAUGGCGGGCCCCGGUCUCGGGGAGCCUUGGUGUGGGCGCCUGGCAGCUCCGAGCCUCCGCCGACACCGCCGGGACCCAGGGCUUUCAGCUCACGGUCCGCGAGCGGCUGCCGCAGGUGGCAGUGAUCCACGGGCCCAACGUGGCGCCGGAGAGCUGCGGCUUCACCCUGGAUGCCUCCACAUCGUUCGAUGAGCUAGGCGCGGAGCUGUUCUUCUACUGGAGCUGUGCUGGAGAAGGUGUGAACGGCACCUGCCGGCGCUUGCCCAACUUCGGGCCGGGGCAGUGGGUGCACACUGAUGGCACCGGCAGCCUCGGGAAGAUCUUCCAGGUCGCGCCUGGAACGCUGGCGGAGGGAAACUACACCUUCACCCUGCAGCUGGUCCGUUCCGAGGACCAGACCAGCGUCUUCGCGGAGUGGUUUGUGGCCGUGCGGUCAUCGACAGUGCCCAUCACGGUCUUCUCCGGGUGGACUGCGAACCAGUCAAUCUCCAACCAGGCGGGCGCCGAGGAGUUGCCGCGGGUCUGGGGCAAGGUGUGGCCGGGCCCCGGCUGCGGCGGCCGCGAAAGCGCGCAAUGGACCUGGGCCUUGGUGGAGGAGGAGACCUCCAGUAUCCUCACCAACAUCAGCAGCUCUGUGUCCGCAGGCGCUAUGGGUGAGCUGGACGUGGAAGCUGCUUCGGACUUCCCUUUGAACUUCCUGCUGCCCGGGCAGCGCUACACCAUGGUCUUGAUGCAGAUGGGCCCGACGCUCCCCAAGACCCUAGCGGAGGCGGAGGCUCUGGGCCUUGCCUUCGCGUCCUCCGCCGCCUUCGCGGCGGACGCGGCCCCCGCCGGGGGCCGCGUUCUGGCGGCGGCGGUCGCGGCGGCUAGCGGCGGCGAGGUCUUCGUGUCGACGGAGGGGUGGUACGAUGAAGACAUGGCCAACUUGUCCUACUUCUUCUACCGCUUCCCCUCGCAGGGCCUGAGCCUGGUGGAUGAUGGGAACGGAGGCGUUGAAGUGAACGGCACCUUUCCGGUGGUGGAGUGGCGGGAUGCCGACAGUGCUUCGCACUGGUCCAAGCAGGGCUCCUUCCUCGGCUUCUCGGAGCUCCCGUUUCUGUCGCUGGCGCUGUCGCCGGGGCGGCAUCUGCUGGCGGUGGUGGCGCAGGAUUCCCUCGGAGCCGUCGCCAGCGCUUUCGCGCUGGGGCCCCUGAUCUCCACUCCUUCCGCCUCCAACGUGCAGUCGGCCCUAGACCUCUCGGUGCUGUCCAACAACGCGAACAUCAUUCUGAACACGUUGGGUGCCUCGAUUUUCGCCUUGGGUGACCUGGACACCGGCAAGGAGGUCUAUGCCCUCACGGCCGCCGCCGCCACACUGGAGCUGUCAGACUUGGGCUUGCGGCAGAUGAGCAGCAUUGCGACGGACCUGCUGCGCAACCGCACCGCCGCCACGGCGGAGCAGAUCUCGCAGGUGGCGGCACAGGUCUUCGCGGACUUGGUGCAAUCUCCCUCGCCGGCUGCAGCGCAUUUGCUGGAUGUGGUCUAUGCUGUCAGGGCCGUCUAUGCGGCAGAGACGGACCAGGUGGUGCAGCGCAGCGAGCAGCUGACGCUCCUCGCCCAGCAGUUCGGCCAGGCCGUCGCCGCCUUCGUGCCGCUCCACGGGGAAGUUCUGCUUGAAGCGACGCAGAGCCCCGGAUUGCAGGUCUUUGUUCACAAGGAGGGCUACCCACACGCACUGCUGAAGGGCCUCUCCGCAGGAGGCUUCUCCGUGUCCUCCUGGGAGCUGAACGCGCUGAGUGACCGACGCCUCGCACAGGCAUCGUGCAGCACCAUCGACGUGCAGCUUACGACGUGGCUCAACAGCAACCCCUACGACUGGGCGAACCAAAGCUCCUACGCAUCCCUCUACGUGAAGCCGGACGCAACCGUCACAGUGGUGGACCUCCGCCGCUGCAGCGCGGCGGUGAACCUCACCGCGCGCGCCGUGAAGCUGCGGCUGCCGCUGCCCCCGGCGCCCACGGAAGCGCCGCCGGAGGGGUGGUUCUGGCAAGCCGCCUGCGCCACCUUCGACUUCGCCGAGCUGAACUGGGACUCCUCCCGCCUCACCUUCGUGGAGCUCCCCGAGGCGAUGGAGUGCACAAAGCCGUCGGUGGAGGACGCGAACGUGGUCUUCACCAUCUUCUACCGCCCCCGGCGCUUGCCCCCGGAAGACAAGGAGCUCUCCAUGGGCGCAUCCCUAGUCCUCAUCCUCAUCUUCCUGCUGUGUCUGGGUGCCAUGGCCUACGCCAACGGCAGGAAAGGCAAAGACAGCCAAGUCUCACCAACGGACUCCGAAGCAUCCAGGGCCGUGGUUGCUCCGGAGGAGCCGUCCGGCUCCGCGGGCCCCGCGGGCUCCGCGGCUCCGGGCGCUUCUGGGAGGCCAGCAGAAGGCAAGGCAGCCGAAGCCGCAGCCGAAGAACGGCCUGCGGGAGCCGACGGAGAAGCAGCCGGGGGCAAAGAGACGGCCGCCGCCGGCUCCAUGUCGCCAGUGCUGGCAGAAGGGCCCCGCGCGGCAGCCAGGGUCCCGGAGCCCGACACGUCUGCGGGGGAGCCGCUGGACGUGAAAGUGGACCCCGCCUUCAAAGACUUCGCCCAGGACUUCGCGUCGCCCGCGGCGGAACCGGCGGAACCCGCGGCGGGACCGGCGGCUUCCGGGGCUUCCGGGGCUUCCGCGGCGGCUUCGGCGGAAACUCCCGAGGCUCCGCCAACAGAUACGACCCAGUGAGCGUGAAGCAGGGGGCAUGUAAUAUCUUCAGGCAGUUUCAAACAUACCAUUGAUGGUCAAACAGCCC